ACACAGCGGGUUCGCCACCAUGAAGGAGACCCCCGGACAGGACGGCAUGGCCUCUGGCUGCCCCUUCAUCGGCUCCAAGUACCACCCCAUGAACAGGAGGUUCAUGAAGCUGAAGAACUAUGAAAACGGCCAAGAGUACGUCGACACUUUGUGCAACUCUGCACUGCAGGACACCCCAUGUCAGCCGAAACACUGCGGCGGCAGCGUCAUGUUCCCGCGCUCGCCCGAGCACCAGGACCGUCCGCGAGGCACGCCACGCUCCCGCGACGUCCUGCUCACGGAGGCCAAGGAGUUCAUCGACGGCUAUUACCGCUCCAUGAACAGGCCGCCGAGCGAGCAGCACCAGGCGCGCUGGGAGCAGAUCCAGGCUGAGGUCGCCCGCACUGGCACCUACCAACUGACCACGCAGGAGCUCACCUACGGCGCCAAGAUGGCAUGGCGCAACGCCUACCGCUGCAUCGGCAGGAUCCAAUGGAACAAGCUGACGCUGUUUGAUGCUCGUUACGUCACCACCGCGGGUCAGAUGUUCGACGCCAUCUGCAACCACAUCAAGUACACCACCAACAAGGGCAACCUCAGGUCGGCCAUCACCGUGUUCCCGCAGCGGACCGACGGCGAGCACGACUACCGCGUCUGGAACCAGCAGCUCGUCUCCUACGCCGGCUACCGCAACGAGGACGGAACCAUCACUGGUGACCCGGCCAACGUCGAGUUCACUGAGGUUUGCAAGAAGCUGGGCUGGAAGAGCAAGGGCACCCGCUUCGACAUCCUGCCGAUGGUGCUGUCGGCCAACGCCCAGGACCCGGAGUACUUUGACAUUCCACCAGAGCUGAUCAUGCGGGUGGAGAUCUCGCAUCCCAAGUACCCGUGGUUCAAGGAGCUGGGUCUGCAGUGGUACGUGCUACCGGCCGUCUCCGGCAUGAUGUUCGACUGCGGAGGCAUCGAGUUCACCGCCUGUCCCUUCAGCGGCUGGUACAUGAGCACCGAGGUGGCGGCGCGCGACCUCUGCGAUCCGCAGCGCUACAACAUGCUCGAGACAAUCGCCAAGCACAUGGGCCUGGACACGUCCAACUACCGGAACCUGUGGAAGGACCAGGCGCUGGUGGAGAUCAACUUGGCCGUGCUGCACAGCUUCCAGGAGGCCAACGUGACGAUCGUGGACCACCACACUGCGGCCGAUUCGUUCAUGAAGUUCAUGGAAAACGAGCAGCGCUUGCGCGGCGGCUGCCCGGCCGACUGGGUCUGGAUCGUGCCGCCCAUGUCCGGCUCGGCCACGCCCGUCUUCCACCAGGAAAUGUCGCGCUACAUCGUCAAGCCCACGUACUCGUACCAGAUUGCUGCCUGGAAAACCCAUGCUUGGAAGAAACGGGACGCUAAUGGAGGCGUGCGGAAACAGCAGAGGAAAUUCCACUUCAAGGAGAUUGCGGGGGCGGUGCAGUUCGCCUCACAGCUGUUCGGCGAGGCGCUGUCGCGUCGCAUCAAGGCCACCAUCCUGUACGCCACCGAGACGGGCAAGUCCGAGACGUACGCCAACAUGCUCGGCCAGGUGUUCUCCCACGCCUUUAACGCCCAGGUGAUCUGCAUGGAUGACUAUGACAUUGUGGAUCUGGAGCACGAGGGCCUGCUCAUCGUGGUGACCUCCACCUUCGGAAACGGUGACCCGCCCGAGAACGGAGAGGGCUUCUACAAGGCACUGCAAAACAUGGCGGAGCAGUACCAUUUAAUGAUGUCAUCAACCAACACCCUGGACAGCAUUCCCGACAUCAAGAAGUCCUUCAAUGUCGCGAAAAGGAUCGUGCCCGUCGGCCAGUUCACGCGCUCCCAGUCGGCGCCGAAGAACAUCAACUCACCGGCCCCGCGCUCGCACGCGGCGCAGAACAUGAGUGUGCCCAACACGCCCGAGCAGGGCGGCGACGGCACGGACUGGUGUCACUGGCCGUCCGUCUGCAGCGAGGCCCCUGCCGGCAGUCUGGCCAACGUCAGGUUCGCCGUGUUCGGCCUCGGCUCAAGCGCCUACCCCAACUACUGCCAGUUCGGGAAGAACGUGGACAGCCUGCUGGGUCUGCUCUCGGGCGAGCGUAUCGUGCCGGUGGCCUGCGGCGACGAGCUGAACGGGCAGGAGCAGAGCUUCAAGGAGUGGGCCGCCGACGUGUUCAAGGCCUCGUGCGACGCAUUCUGCCUGGACAGCGACUCGGUGAUGGCUCGCGCCACCGAGCGGCUCAACUCGGACAAAGCGGCCAGUCCUGACGCUGUGCGCCUGGUCGAGUCCCGGCUGGCCGACGACCUGAUCCCAGGGCUGACCCGCUGCCACGGCCGGGCCGUCAUCUCCUGCACGGCCAAACACGUGCUGGCGCUGCACGAGAAAGACACUGGCCGCAGCACCAUCAACGUGGCGCUGACAUCUGGUGGGAAUCCGACCAAGCUUAAGUUCGUGCCUGGUGACCACCUGGCGGUGCACCCGAAAAACCGCGCCGAGAUCGUGGAUGCCAUCAUGAAGCGUCUUGUCCGAUGCCCCGAGGGUCCCGUGGAGCUCCAGAUCAUACGAAAGGUCACCACCCCUCUCGGCGUGGACAAGCGGUGGGAGUCGCACCAGCGUUUGCCGCGCACCACCGUGGAGAACAUGCUGACCUGGUACAUGGACAUCACCACGCCGGCGACGCCCAACAUGCUGCGUAUGCUGGCGCUCAUGGCCACCGACACCAAAGAGCGCGCCCAGCUCAAGCUGCUGGCCACGGACGCGGCCGCCUACGAGACAUGGAAGCACGCCAACUGGCCGAACCUGGCCGAGACGCUGGCCGAGUUUCCGUCCAUCGCGGCCGAUGCGCCCUUCAUUCUCUGCAACCUGCCGCUGAUGCAGGCCAGGGCGUACAGCAUCUCAUCGUCGCCGGACCACCGGAAGGACGAGGUUCAGCUGACUGUGGCGGUGGUCCAGUACAGGACUCGAGGUGGGACCGGACCCCUGCACUACGGCGUCUGCUCCAACUACCUGAACGACAUCAAGCAGGGCGACAAAAUCGUCUGCUACUUCAGAAACGCGCCCUCGUUCCACCUGCCUGAGACCAAGUCAGACUCCAUCGUGAUGAUUGGGCCGGGCACCGGCGUGGCGCCGUUCCGCUCCUUCUGGGAGCACCGGCUGUUCGAGAAACAGCGCGCUGCAGCCGGUACCAAAUUCGGCACCAUGACACUGUUCUUCGGGUGCCGGAGCCAGAAGAUGGACCUGUACAGUGCCGAGAAGGCGGCGAUGAUGAAGGAGGGGGUGAUGACCAAGUGUCACAUGGCGCUGUCUCGGGAGCCUGGGGUGCCCAAGACGUACGUGCAGGACCAGCUGAUGGAACAGUCAGACGACAUCCUCGAGUGCCUGACCUCAGGUCACGGUCACGUCUACGUCUGUGGUGACUGUACCAUGGCCGAGGACGUGUUCCUGACGCUGCAGAAGAUCUUAGUGCGCAGGGCUGGCCUCAACGCCGAGGAGGCGCGCCAGCACAUGGAGAAGAUGCAGGAGCUGGGCCGCUUCCACGAGGACAUCUUCGGCAUCACGCUGCGCACGGCCGAGGUGACGGACAAGACGCGCGCCCUGCUCGUCAAGAAGGCCUCCAUGGACAAGGACUCGGGGGCCGACCGGCUGCCCAAGUGGCGCCGCGACUCUGUCGGCGUGUUGUAGAGAGAUGGCCGGCCAGAGCCCGGCGCUUGCACAGUGCCGAGCGUGGGGUCGACCUCACGCUCCGGCGGUGGCGGUCAGGCGCGCGUUUCAGUGACCUUGGUGCGGUCACCGAGCGGCUCGAGUGGCCGAGCCGAUAGAGCCGGUUGUGCCGGCCUGUGUAGCGCCUGGCCUUGGCUCCUCAGUGGCCACCAAGGGCAUGCUCUCUCACGGUCAUCGUGAGUGUCGCGUCUCCAAGGGCAUGCUCUCUCACGGUCAUCGUGAGUGUCGCGUCUCCAAGGGCAUGCUCUCUCACGGUCAUCGUGAGUGUCGCGUCUCCAACGCGCUGGUCAGACCAUUCAGUGUUGACGGAGAUGGCUCCGCUUCUGUAUGAGUUUGUUUGAGACGUGCUGGUUUUAUUCAACGAAUAGGAGUAUCAUAGAGCCUUACGAAUUCCGGCUAGCAUGGCCAGUAAUGAGGAGAAGCCCACGGAAAAGCUGGAUAAAAGCGAGAAAGGCACUUGAGCAGCUAGUCUUCCGGCAUUUUAAAUUCCUCAGCUGAAAAUAACCGACCUUCGAUGCACCAGAAGGCAUUAAUGAAACAAGCAUACCGAGCGGUCCUGAUGUGCUGAGAAUGUUAGACGUCUUGAUCCAGAAAUCAUGAUCUAAGAGUGCACUGCCUUAUAAUGUCGGGUGAUCUUAGGACAUCGCCUGAUGAUUACACCUCCAGUCAAUAGGCUCCAAUCAUUAGGCCCGCCUUCUCGCACCUCUGGCAUAUGGAAGUUCGGUGAUUUUUAUCUUAAGGAAUCACACUGCGCAGGCGCUGCCGAGAGAAGUUGCAUAAUGACACCAUCGAGUUGCCUGCGUAAGAGGCUUAUGACUUUGCAGCGUGUCUGGGAUUUAUUUUACAGCGCGUGUCGCUCUUACUGGCCAGCAACAAUUGCGACAUGUUUACUCCAUCACGAUGCUUAUCUGCCUCAUGUGUCUGAUCGGUAAUCUGACAUGAGUGGCCACCAAAUGUCAAAAUGUAUCCUAGUUUGAUAGCAAUCUUGGCUAAUCGGGUUUAGCGUCGGGUUAUGGGCCUCACCUAACAAUGGUUGCUUCAAGCGAACCAGUUGCAAUUAGUUUGUCAUGUCCGUUGCAUUGCUUUAAAUAGUUUAACCAAGUGUUUGCGGAAUGUCAACUGAUAUGCGUAGACUAACCUUAACCUCAUAUGGCCAUGUGCACGUGUCCCUGUACGAUGUUGUGCAUCUAACCAGAAGGGUGCCGUAGAUGACCAUACAGAUGAGCUGAGGCGGCUUUCUAGAGCUUGGCUUGUGCUUCUUGUCAGUUAAGCUUCCACGUCACGGGAUCUGUCUGGACCGCCAUAUCGCCAUCCUCAUAUGACACUGUCACUGGGACCAGUAUGGCCAGCAUUUGUUUGCAGUAUAUCAAAUCUCCAACAGCGGCAAGAGUCAAAAUGACGCGGGAUAAGCGGAGGCGUGUAAAUGUGCACAUGGACCUACAUUUUAAGCAAGCGUUACAAAUGUGAUUUGCGUUCUCUCUUGUGGACUGCUAACAACUUCGUUGAUUUUCUAAAUACAUAAGCAGGUGUGA